CAUCCAAGAAGAUGCUCAAACCCCAAAUCUAGGUGGCCUUGGGUUCCCCCUGCCCCACCACCGUUUGCUCCAUUUGAGAGUCAUCUUGGUCUUGCGUCCACACUGCAUCAGAACUCCAUAUGUUUCUCUUCAUCUCAUCCUCACUGCCAGCAUCUGUACGAGCCACCUGCUGAGCGGGAGCUACGUUGCAUUUGGCUCUAGGCAUGAUGGGAAGGCCCUGUAGGGUUUAUAAGCAGAGGAGUGCCAUGGUCAGAGUUUUAAAAUUAUGAAGUCUGACCACUUUGUGAAGAACAGGGUUUGGUGGGGCAUUGUUGUGUGCUGUCGAGUUGAUUCCAACUCAUAGCAACCCCACGUUCCAGAAUAGAACCGUCCCGUAGGGUUUCAUAGGCUGUAAUCUUUAUUGGGAGCAGAUCGCCAGGUCUUUUUCUUGUGGAACCACUUGGUGGGUUUGAACUGCUAACCUUUUGGUUAGCAGCUGAGAGCUUAGCAUUGCACCAGUAGUGCUUGUUGUAGUGGGACAUUGGUAAGAUCAAAUUCCUUCCCAUGGGCUGCGAAAUCCCUCAUGAUCUAGGCUUUGCUUUCUUCCCAUGUGCCAAGGUCAUUGUCACCACAGGACAUUUGCACUUACUGUGUGUGCAGCCUCACCUCAAAAUAAACUCCUGAUCACCCAGUCACUUUCUUUUUUACCACCCAAAUUGACCUUCCUGAUGGCUCUCAUCUGAAAUGAGCUUCUUGUGCGUUUUAUUUACUUCCUCACUCCCCAAACUCCCUCCUCUCGCUGCCAGAGUAGGUACGUGAUGACAGCAGAGAUCUCAUGUGUCCCUAACAGCCGCCCAGCAUCUCAUGUGGCAUUUCCAGCUUCCACAAGGCUGGACGCAAAACAGCAGAGAUUUGCUGAGUUGCAGUGAAUUUAGAAAUACCUGUACUUCACCCAGCGUGCCUUGGGCUGAGAGAGAAAAUUGUGUUCGUCAUCAGAGCUGAGUAGAUUCGUCAGUUUUUGAAGUUCCCUGGCUGUAUAGUCUUGAUCCGUUCAAGGUAACUGAGGAGGGAAAACAGGCCAAAAAAUAAACCCUGGACAUAAGAAGGGAUUGGCGUACGCUUCGCUCUGAGAAGGUGCUUUGCAGUUUAUGUGAUCGGAUGCUGGAAAGUUCAUCGCCCAGAGGUCUACACAUGAAGUCACUGUAAAGAGGGUGGCCCCCGCUUCGUAAAGACCUCAUCGCCGUGAGGUGAGGCUAAGAUGAGCAUAACCAGUGACGAGGUGAACUUUUUGGUGUAUCGGUAUCUCCAGGAGUCAGGUUUCUCCCACUCGGCCUUCACGUUCGGAAUUGAGAGCCACAUCAGCCAGUCCAACAUCAACGGGACGUUAGUGCCGCCAGCUGCUCUCAUCUCCAUCCUCCAGAAGGGCCUGCAGUAUGUGGAGGCCGAGAUCAGCAUCAACGAGGACGGCACCGUGUUUGAUGGCCGGCCCAUUGAGUCGCUGUCGCUGAUCGACGCGGUGAUGCCGGACGUGGUACAGACGCGGCAGCAGGCCUUCCGAGAGAAGCUGGCCCAGCAGCAGGCCAGUGCGGCGGCGGCGGCGGCCACGGCGGCGGCGGCGGCGGCCACGGCAGCGGCGGCGGCGGCCACCCCAGCAACUGUGUCCCAGCAAAACACACCAAAGAACGGAGAGACCACGGUGAACGGGGAGGAGAACGGGGCACACGCAAUAAAUAAUCAUUCAAAACCAAUGGAAAUAGAUGGAGAAGUUGAGAUUCCACCCAACAAGGCCACCGUGCUUCGGGGCCACGAGUCUGAGGUGUUCAUCUGUGCCUGGAACCCUGUCAGUGACCUCCUUGCUUCUGGGUCUGGAGACUCUACGGCGAGGAUAUGGAACCUCAACGAGAACAGUAACGGGGGCUCCACACAGCUCGUGUUGAGGCACUGUAUACGGGAAGGGGGACACGAUGUGCCCAGUAACAAGGACGUGACCUCGCUGGAUUGGAAUAGCGAUGGAACACUAUUGGCUACAGGUUCCUACGAUGGCUUUGCAAGGAUAUGGACGGAAGAUGGCAACCUGGCCAGCACCUUAGGCCAACAUAAAGGCCCCAUCUUUGCCUUGAAAUGGAACAAAAAGGGGAAUUACAUUUUGAGUGCUGGUGUAGACAAAACAACAAUAAUAUGGGAUGCCCACACAGGAGAAGCCAAACAACAGUUUCCUUUUCACUCAGCCCCCGCUCUUGAUGUGGACUGGCAGAACAACACUACCUUUGCCUCCUGUAGCACGGACAUGUGUAUCCACGUGUGCAGACUCGGCUGUGACCGCCCAGUCAAAACCUUCCAAGGACACACAAAUGAGGUCAAUGCAAUCAAGUGGGAUCCUUCUGGAAUGCUGCUAGCGUCCUGCUCCGAUGACAUGACGUUAAAGAUCUGGAGUAUGAAGCAGGAUACGUGUGUCCACGACCUUCAGGCUCACAGCAAAGAGAUCUACACCAUAAAGUGGAGCCCCACCGGCCCGGCCACCAGCAACCCCAACUCCAACAUCAUGCUGGCAAGUGCUUCGUUUGAUUCUACGGUUCGACUGUGGGACGUGGAGCGAGGCGUCUGCAUUCACACGCUCACAAAGCAUCAGGAACCUGUCUACAGUGUAGCUUUUAGCCCUGAUGGGAAAUACUUGGCCAGUGGCUCCUUCGACAAGUGUGUCCAUAUCUGGAAUACUCAGAGUGGAAGCCUCGUGCACAGCUACCGGGGCACCGGCGGCAUCUUUGAGGUGUGCUGGAAUGCACGUGGGGACAAAGUGGGCGCCAGCGCGUCUGAUGGCUCGGUGUGUGUUUUAGAUCUGCGGAAGUGAACACAAACUAUGACA